UACGAAAAAUAAAGUUACGAAGAAACGCAACUAAGGAUCAAAUCUGAGCUUUGGCGCUCGCUAGAAAAAGAUGAAGUGAAGGUCUGCCUGAAGAUUCUGAAGUUCUUUGGAACAAGGAAGGAAAAAGGAACGUGUCAGAAGUGGGAUUCGAACCCACGCCUCCAACUGGAGACCAGAAAGCCCGCAGGCAAGGUAGAGCCCUGGCCGCCAAGCCCGGAUCCGAUCCCGUGUCUUCCCCCGUCAACCUGUAGGCUCUGGGGCUCAUGGCGGCGUCCCCGGUGGUGGAAGCCUCCAGAAGGCGGCGGGAGAAGCGGCGGCAGCUGGACGCGCGCCGCAGCAAGUGUCGCAUCCGCCUGGGCGGCCACAUGGAGCAGUGGUGCCUCCUCAAGGAACAGCUGGGCUUCUCCCUGCACUCUCAGCUCGCCAAGUUCCUGCUGGACCGGUACACUUCUUCAGGCUGUGUGCUUUGUGCAGGUCCUGAGCCUUUGCCCCCCAAAGGCCUGCAGUAUCUGGUGCUCUUGUCUCAUACUCACAGCCGAGAGUGCAGCCUGGUGCCUGGGCUUCGGGGACCUAGAAGCCAAGAUGGGGGGCUUGUAUGGGAAUGCUCAGCUGGCCACACCUUCUCCUGGGCCCCCUCUUCAGACCUCACAUCUCCUGAGGACCCUAAGCCUGUUUCCCUUCCAAGUACUGCUAGGAGAAGCUGGUGCCCAGAAAAGCAGGAAUCUACAGAUCUUGAAUGUGGGCAUGAUGAGAAGACUCAGGAGACCAGGUUGUUGAGGGAAGUGACACCCUCACCAGAGACCUUCCUGCCCCCAGGAGAAGAAGGCGAGGAAGAAGAUGAGGAUGAAGAGGAGAUGCUCAGUGAUGCCAGUCCAUGGACAUAUAGUUCCUCCCCAGAUGAUGAUCUAGAGGCCCCCAGGACGCCCCCUCCCCCUGUCACCCACUCACUUAAAGAUGGGAAGAUACCCACCACCACAGUAGCUCCCUCCACUCCUCUGAUUGUGCCAUCAUCAUCAACCUCCUCACCGGGUUCUGGAGCUCAUUUAUCCAUGGAAGUUGGGAUACAGCCAGACCUCAGUGGAACUUCCCAAGAAGCCAAACAGACUGAAGUUCAGGCAAGCCCUGGGGAUCAGGCUGAAUUGGCGCUAGCUUCUUCUUGGAAUGAGGACACUGACACUGCACAGAUCAUCCCCAAGAGAAUUAGGAAAGCUGCCAAAAGAGAGUUGCUGCCUUGUGACUUCCCUGGCUGUGGAAGGAUCUUCUCCAACCGGCAGUAUUUGAAUCACCAUAAGAAGUACCAACAUAUCCACCAAAAAUCCUUCUCCUGCCCAGAGCCAGCUUGUGGAAAAUCUUUCAACUUUAAGAAACACUUGAAGGAGCAUGUAAAGCUGCACAGUGACACCCGGGACUACAUCUGUGAGUUCUGUGCCCGAUCUUUCCGCACCAGCAGCAAUCUAGUCAUCCACAGGCGCAUCCACACUGGAGAGAAGCCCUUGCAGUGUGAGAUCUGCGGGUUCACCUGCCGUCAGAAGGCCUCCCUGAACUGGCACCGGCGCAAGCAUGCAGAGACAGAGGCUGCCCUGCGCUUCCCUUGUGAAUUCUGUGGCAAACGCUUUGAGAAGCCAGACAGUGUUGCAGCUCACUGCAGCAAGAGCCACCCAGCCCUCCUCCCUGCUCAAGAGUCACCUAGCCCAUUGGAACCCUGCACUAGCAUUGCUACCCCUGUACAACUGGGUUCCAGCAAAGGGUCAAGCCAUUCUGUGACUCUUCACCAUCAGACCCUGCUCCCUCAACCGUGAACAUUGCCUGAGCUCUGGGGAGGAGCCAGACUGCAGGGACUGAAAAGGAACAAGGAAGGGAAAGCCUAAAUGUCUGACCUCUAGGAAUCUAGGUGGAUAAGGGAGCACAAGUUGAGCAAGGCUGGGCUCUAGGGGAAACCAGACUACUUUAGUCUUGCUAAAGGAUAGAAUAGCCCAGUAUUCUAUGUAGGUAUAUGUGAGUAGAUCAAAUGUUUUUUGGCAUCUGAAGCAUGGGAAUCCUGAUUCCUUUGAAAAUAAGCUCAGAUAGACAGGGCCUGGUUAUCUUAUAGAUGCGUUACCUAGCUGUCUCUGCAGACCCUGCUCCCCCCAAACCUAAGGCCCAACUUUGUCCAGUUCACUUUGGCACUUUGCAACCCUUUGCUGUAGAGUAUUGAAGCUGCUCUUGCAUGCAUGGUAAUAUGUGUGUUUAAGCAGGUGCACCACUGCCAAGCCUGCUCUUGCACACACGUCGGGCGGGUCAUUAAUAGUAUGAACACUGAGUGAAAUUUAAGAGUGACUGUCUGGAAAAGGAAUAGGUGUUUAUGAUCCUGA